AUGGCGUCCACGCUCCCCUCCUCUCCCAUCUUCGCAGCCAUCGCCAGUCAUGACCCAAAAUCUCCUGCAAUAAUCCACAGCGCCUCCGACCGUACCUUCUGCUACGGCAGUCUGUUACACGAUGUUGCUGCCGCAAAGGACAACUUGGCCGCUCUUGCUGAGGGGAAAUCUCUGGCGGGUGAAAGAAUAGCCUUUCUGGCGGAAAACGGAUAUGAUUAUGUAGUGACGUUCCUCUCAAUCCUUUCACACGACGCAAUUGCCCUCCCAUUGGCGCACACCCAUCCGAGCUCCGAGUUGCGAUACAUCCUCGAGAACAGCGAAGCCGCACUGUUCCUCUCGACGGAGAAAUUCCAAGAGAAAGCGAAAGAGGUGGUGAAAGAAGGGUUGAUUCAUGCACCAAAACUCAAAAUCCUCUCAAAAAUUGAGACCGGAGCACCAUCCGCUGAGAAUGUCGAGUUUAGCCCCAAGGCCAUUGAGAACGGUGGAUUCAUGCUCUACACUUCCGGGACCACGAGUCGUCCCAAGGGGGUGGUUCUAUCCGUGGACAACAUGACGGCGCAAUCAAGCUCCUUGAUCGAAGCGUGGAAAUACAGCUCCUCAGACCUCCUCCUUCACGUUCUCCCACUACACCAUAUCCACGGCACGAUCAAUGCGCUCUUGACUCCGCUAAUGGCCGGCUCAGCAAUUGAGUUCGCAUACCCCUUCAACGCGGACACGGCGUGGAAGCGGUUUGCUGCGCCAUUCCUCCCUAAUCCGUCGUCUUCCCCUCCAGACGCAAAGAAAAGACCGAUAACUUUAUUCACCUGUGUCCCGACGAUAUACAACCGCCUUCUUGCAACUCAUUCCUCCCUCUCCACGCAAAUGCAGAUCGCAACCCGCACAGCGAUCGCCCCUCGCUACCUCCGGCUGAAUAUAUCCGGCUCCGCUGCUCUUCCUGCACCGACAAAACAAGCUUGGACGGAGCUCUCUGGGGGCAAUGUCCUCCUCGAACGCUACGGGAUGACCGAGGUCGGCAUGGCAUUGUCUUGUGGACUGGCGUUGGAGGAUCGUGUGGACGGUUCGGUUGGGUGGCCGUUACCGGGAGUCGAGAUACGACUCGUCGAUACUGAGACAGGAGCCCUGAUAAAAGCCGGUGAAGAACUAGAUGAAAACGGUCAACCGCGCGAAGGAGAGAUCCAGCUCCGUGGCCCUACCGUGUUCAAAGAGUAUUUCCGUAACCCCUCGGCUACAGCGGCGGAAUUUGUCAAGUCUGAGGACGGAAAGGGAAACUGGUUCAAAACAGGUGACGUGGCAAUCCGCCAAGUCGUCCCCGGUACAGGCAGAAGCGAGCAGUCGUGGGCACACGGGCCGAUGUACUUCAUUCGAGGCCGCAAAUCCGUUGACAUUAUAAAAACGGGGGGAGAAAAGGUCUCAGCAUUAGAAAUUGAACGGGAACUGCUGUCACUUCCCGAGAUUGCUGAAGCUGCGGUGGUGGGAAUUCCGAACGAGCAAUGGGGCCAAAAGGUUGCUGCAGUUGUGGUCCUGAGUGAGAAAGGGAAGAGUGGUGGUCGGGGAGGCAAGCAGUGGGGAGUGAUGGAUCUGCGCAGGGCCUUGAAGGAUCAACUGGCGAAUUACAAGAUUCCGCAGGAAUUGAAGGUCGUCGAGAGCAUCCCGAGGAAUGCCAUGGGAAAAAUCAACAAGAAGAUGCUAGUAAGGCAGGUCUUUUGA